UUUCCUCUGUGGUGGCCCUGGGAGCCAGCAUCAUCUGUAACAAGAUCCCGGGUCUUGCCCCCCGACAGCGGGCGAUCUGCCAGAGCAGGCCCGAUGCUAUUAUUGUCAUCGGGGAAGGGUCCCAGAUGGGCAUCAACGAGUGCCAGUUCCAGUUUCGCAACGGGCGCUGGAACUGCUCUGCCCUGGGAGAGAGGACCGUCUUCGGGAAGGAGCUGAAAGUGGGUAGCAGAGAAGCAGCGUUCACGUAUGCGAUCAUUGCUGCUGGAGUAGCACACGCAAUCACGGCUGCCUGUACGCAGGGCAACCUGAGCGACUGUGGCUGUGACAAAGAAAAACAGGGACAGUACCAUAAAGAGGAAGGAUGGAAGUGGGGAGGCUGCUCUGCUGACAUCAGAUACGGAAUAGGAUUUGCCAAAGUGUUUGUGGAUGCCCGGGAGAUUAAGCAAAAUGCGAGGACGCUCAUGAACCUGCAUAACAACGAGGCAGGGCGGAAGAUUCUGGAAGAAAACAUGAAGUUGGAGUGCAAGUGCCAUGGGGUCUCAGGAUCCUGUACCACUAAAACAUGCUGGACAACUCUUCCUAAAUUCCGGGAGCUGGGCUACAUCCUUAAGGACAAAUAUAACGAGGCCGUUCAGGUUGAACCAGUGAGAGCAAGUCGUAACAAGCGUCCAACCUUCCUCAAAAUAAAGAAGCCGCUUUCCUAUCGCAAACCCAUGGAUACAGACUUAGUGUACAUAGAAAAAUCUCCCAAUUAUUGUGAAGAAGACCCUGUCACUGGCAGCGUGGGGACACAGGGAAGGAUGUGUAACAAGACAGCCCAGCAGUCCAACGGCUGUGAUCUGAUGUGCUGUGGUCGAGGUUACAAUACCCACCAGUACUCAAGAGUGUGGCAGUGCAACUGUAAAUUUCAUUGGUGCUGCUAUGUGAAAUGCAACACGUGCAGCGAAAGAACAGAGGUAUAUACCUGUAAGUGAGAACGUGGCUGGGCAGACGGACGCGUCCUGAGCCACGAAUACAUUUGCACAUGCACUCAACGUAGCUACGCAAGACUGUAGGAAAGACCUGCUCUCCCAGAAGAAAUGCUGAUGAAUGGAGCC